GGUUGUAAUUAUGUAAAUAAACAGCAAAAAAUUUUAGAUUUAUAGAAAGUAUAUCAUUGAUCUUUUUUUUUUUAUUUCUGAAGUUUUUUGAUAAAUAAAUAUUAUAAUUUAGUGAUAUUCCUGUACAAUGGAUUUUAAACCAAAACAUUUUUUAAGAUGUCACUCUAAAACAGAUAAAGAUUCUGCUGACGUAUCUACUCAAGUGUGGCAAGCAAUUUUUGAACCUAAUAUUGAUUCGAAAGGUUCCUUUCUAGUUGCUACAUGUGGAGGAAAUAAGGUUUGUGUAAUUGAUGUGAGAAGUGGAGUAGUUCAGUAUAGAUACUCGUAUUCAAAAGGUUUACUUUACACUCUAUCAUGGUGUAUGUCAUGUCAACCUAAUAAAAUACUAGCAACUUCAGGGACCUAUAGUAGUAUAGUUUUUAUUGAUUUAUCAUCUAAAUCAGCAUAUCUUACAUACGAUCUUACUCAAAGAAAUAAAAAAAUUUUUGUUAGUUCUAUAUUAUUCCAUCCUUAUGAAAAAAAAUUGUUUUGUGCUUUAAAUAUUGGAAACAUUCAUGUACUUGGAUUCGAUGUAAUUAACUCUCAAGUUGUAAAUAUUGAACAACUAAAUAUAAUAGAAACAGAAAAGGAAAUUUUUGGGUUAACAUGUUGUGAAAAGAAUAAUUAUUUAUUAAUCUCUACAAACAAAAGUCUGUUGGGUGUAACAAUGAAUAAAAUACUUGAACAUAGUCUAAAAACAAUUGUUUUUGAACUUCCAUCAAAUCCUAACGAGUUGUAUAAAAACCAAUAUGAAAAAGUAAUAGAUUCUGUUGAAGUGAUUAGUGGUAGUUGGAUAAUUACUAAAGUUGCAUUACACGGUGUCAUGUAUAUUUUUAAUCUUGAGAGUGCAUUAUCAAAAAUUAACAAUGAUAAAUGUAUUAUUGAGCCAACAUAUGUGUUAAAUUGGAGUGAUUCAGAUAACUAUUUCAUGAGUUGUGGUGUUGGUUUAGAUGGAAAAAUUGUUGCAUGUGGUGAUGAUAAAGGAGCUAUAUGGAUUUAUGAUCUAAAAGACUUGAACUUUAAAACUAAUAAUAAAAAAGAAGUAAUUGAUCCUUGCAAGAUUUUAAGGUGGCCAAAACCUCAUGACAAUUAUUUGAAAAAAAAGAAAAAACUUGAAGUGGAUGUAUAUGAUAUAGUAGUUGCUAAAAGUGCAAUACAUUCUAGUGGUAAUUACCUCGUUGCUGUCACAAAUAACAAUUUUGUUUGUAUAUACUCUAAAGCAUAAAUAAUUAUAAUUUUUUUUGUAAAUACAUUAUUUUUGUAAACUCAAUAAAUAAAACAUUUUUUUAAAAAACUAAAAAACAGGUACAUAUUUUUUGCAUUUAUUUUUUUCUCAUAAAAUUACAUAGGAGAUAAAUUACAAACAAAAUUAUAUUUUCAGAUAAAAAAAAAAAAAAGACAA